AUGCCUGACGUUCCGAAAGGGCAGCUGCCGCUGCUGCCGCUCCACAACGAGGUCUUGCUGCCCUCGCAAGUCGUUCAGCUGGUGCUGUGGAGUGGAAAUGCGAAGAGCGAUGCAUUUGCUGAAUACCUUUCCACCCAAAAAGAAGCUGACCUGCGGGUCGCUGUCAUCCCAGUUGUGAAAAAUGGCCAAGACACUGCCCACAUCAAGAGGGGUGGCUGGGGCCAUCGCACACUCACAGGUGCUGUUGAUAACGCUCUUGAGGGUCUCCAUUCCAUAGGGACAGCAGCAAGGGUUGUUCAGUUGUCAAGAAUUCCGCAGGAGAAGCAGUGGACACUUGCGCUUGAAGGACUGGAGCGCAUUCAUGUCCAUCCCAAACACACCCAUGUCAGUCAACAGGGUUUGAUCACCGUUGAGGUCGAAGCGGCAUCUGCAAUGCUGCUGAAGCAGAGGAAUGGGAGUCAACGCAAUGCAAUCGAGAAUUCCGAUGAAUCCUUCAAUGCAAUAGCUCCAGGCUCUGAAGAUGAAGAUGCACUUGGGGCCGAGCUGAUUUCCCGUUCGAGGGAAUUGCUGACAAUUCUUCUCCAGCAGACAGGGAGAAGUGCCGCAACCCAAAUGAUGGAGCAACUGCAGAAGAUGCCACCAUCACAGGCAGCUGACAUAAUAGGAUCCCUCCUGGCAAUGGGUUUCCAGGAAAAACUUGCGAUGCUUGAUGCUGUGGACCAUGGUGCCAGACUCCGGCAAGCCCUCAAACUGCUUGCACGAUCUCUGCACACAGUUCAUCAAGCACUUGGACAGAAAAGAGAAGCAGAUUCCAAACAACCUGAUGGUGGCUGGGUACCAGUUCUGGGGACAAUUGGGCAAGGGCUCCCUGGAGGAUUGAGAAGACCCAAGAAUGAAGACGAUGACAUUGCUGAACUGAUGAAACGUAUUCAAGAUGCAGAGCCACCGCCAGAGGUUCUCAAACAUGCAUUCCGUGAGGCACGCCGUAUCAGGCGUGGUGGCGAGCACCACCCCAGCUACGCCAUGUCUCGGAGUUACAUUGAACUCCUGGCCGAACUACCAUGGAAGCGGCUCUCAACACCAGCACUACACAAUCUUCAGGGCGCUCGUAACAUACUGGACUCUGCUCAUUAUGGCCUGGAGCUUGUGAAAGCACGCGUGGUGCACUAUGUAGCUGUGCAGCAGCUGAAGGGGAGUGGAGCAAGAGCUCCGAUACUGUGUUUUGUGGGCCCACCUGGGGUGGGGAAGACAUCUUUGGCAGCCUCUGUUGCCAAUGUACUGGGUCGGCCUUUUGCUCGGAUUUCGUUGGGAGGCGUGAGAGAUGAGGCCGAGAUCAGGGGCCAUCGGAAAACGUAUGUUGGUGCCAUGCCUGGCAGGGUCAUCCAGGCCCUUCGCCGUGUGAAUGUUAGGGAUCCUGUUAUGCUCCUUGAUGAGGUGGACAAAAUGGGGAAGGACAUUCGCGGUGACCCAGCAUCAGCGUUGCUAGAAGUCCUGGACCCAGAGCAACACCAUGCCUUUGUGGAUGCGUAUGUGGGCUUCCCCUUCGACCUGAGCAGGGUGGUGUUUCUUGCGACUGCAAACCGCACCUCAGAAAUCCCUGCACCUUUGUUGGACCGGAUGGAAGUAAUCAGACUGCCAGGGUACACCCUCCAAGAGAAGGUCAAGAUCGCAGAAAAGCACCUCUUGCCAAAGGUCUUAGAGGAACAUGGGCUGGGUCCUGGUGGCCUGGUGGCUUCUCCUGACAAUCCAGCUGUGGUCUUCCCGGAAAAGAUCUUGCGCGUUAUUGUGGAGCGCUAUACACGCGAAGCCGGUGUGCGUGCUCUGGAACGCUGCCUUGCUGCAGUUUGCAGGCAGUGCGCAUACCAAAUUGUGAAAGAGCAAGAGGAGAGGGCUGGUCGUCCAUUCCAAUCAUUUGCACAGGGGGGUGCUUCGUCCAGGGACGUUCUGCCGUUGGAUGCUGCAACAUGGAGAGACUGGGAAAACGAAUGGAACACAUCAUCAGGCUUUCACAAAAUUUGCCCAAGCUCAUUUGCGAUUGUUCCCACAUUUUGGGCUGAAUCGCCUAUGCUGCACCAGCACCAGCGUGGCGCCGAUGCACACCCAAUGGUUCGAAAACAAGCAAGCGAACCACUGCGUAGCGCCAGCGAGCGUUUUGUCGAAGACCCUUUGGGCAUGCCAACGGUGCAGGAUCCACAGACAGUGCCAUCAGAGGAACCGCGUCAGGAGAACACAGGCUGGUCCACUAUUGUAGUUGAUGAGGCUUUUUUGGAGCUCUGCCUUGGUGCUGCGAAGUACUAUGGACCCGAGGGAAGUGAACGAGUGACUGGUCCAGGAGUAGCGGCUGGCCUGGUCUGGACGCCCACUGGCGGCAUGGUUCAAUACAUCGAGUGCUGCUGCAUCAGCCGUGGUCAACCAGGCCGCCUUGGCGAGCUCACGCUCACAGGGCACGUUGGCGACGUCCUGGAAGAAUCCGCAAUGACUGCCCUGUCUUGGGUGCGAUCCCACGCUCACACACUUGGGUUCCAAGCUACAAGGGAGGACACCACAAACAGCAGCAACGCGCCAGCGUCCACCACAACGCCAGCAGUCACAGCGGACGAACACUAUGGGAGGGCGUCUUCUUCUGAAGCAGUAGGCCACUCACCUGCGAUGUGCUGGGACAUUCAUAUGCACUUGCCUGCUGGUGCGGUGCCCAAGGAUGGACCCUCAGCUGGGAUCACUCUGGCCGUUGCACUCGUGUCACUUUUUGCCAACCGCGCUGUCCGACAUGACACUGCCAUGACAGGCGAAGUGACGCUGAGGGGCUUGGUCCUGCCAGUCGGUGGCAUCAAGGAGAAAUUUCUGGCUGCACACCAGGCAGGCUUUCGACGGGUGAUCUUGCCGCAGAGAAAUGUUAAGGAUGUCGUGGCGGAGGUGUCCAAAGAGGUGCAGGAAGGUUUGGAGACAAUUGGCACAACCAACCUGGAGGAGGUGAUACGUCAGGCUUUUGACCCACCAUACGAAGUUCUGCAGCGAUCACGGCUGUGA